CAAAGCGUCAGUUGAACGGUGGACGGCAAACUAAACGCUUUAAUUUGUUCGUAUCUCCGUUUUAUUUAUACUCUAUUACAUUUUACUAAAUUUAUAAAAACUAAACUAUACUAUAAUAUUUUUCCCAGCGUUUAAUUAUACGUUUUUAUAUUUUAUUUAUCAAACGUCAAAAAGUAACCAGCAAAUGUCAAGCUGACAUUUAAAAAAAAAAUAAAUCAAUUUAGAGCGCGAUUUAAAUCACAUUUGAAUUUUAUUAAAUUAGUAUUCAGUUAUAUUAAUAUAUUUAAUAUUAAAUAUAUUAGUGUUGAUACAUUAAGUUACUAAAUACAACGAGGGAUAUUUUAAAUCGUUAUAAACAAAUGCUCUAAAGAUGCCAUCGCUCCUAGAGGCUCUGGAGUUGAAGUACGGGAGCACAGCUGGAGAUUGCUCUGAAUGUAGCUUGACCGAUGAAGAAACAGAAUUAUCAGGAUCACCAAAAAAUGCAGCUCUAUCUGUCAGUAUAUUUAUUCCAAAAAAAUCACCACGUCACACAGUACCAGCCUUACUAGUAUUACAAGACUGCGAUAUCGAGUGCGCUGGUAAUGACGCUGAAAAAUUACGCAAUAAAUGCAAGAAUGUCGAAGAACUAGAUUUGGCCCAAAACAAAUUAUCACAAUGGGAUGAAGUGUUUGGUAUACUAGAGCACAUGCCAAAAAUAAAAUUUGUUAACUUGAGUUUUAAUAGUUUAGCCGAGGCAUUGGAAGUUAAACACGGCAAAUAUGAAUCAUUGCGUAAUCUUGUACUGAAUGGCACAAGAAUUUCAUGGGCAACUGUUCAAGAUUUAGUUAGACUGCUUCUUAAUUUGGAAGAAUUACAUUUAUCAUUAAAUGAAUUUAAGACUGUCGACUUGGAUCAUCGUAAGCCUGAAAAUAUAAAUAAGUCAUUGAAAAAAUUACAUUUUACAGGCAAUCCUGUUGAAAGUUGGUCGGAAAUUUGUAAACUUGGUUACUCAUUCCCAAAUCUUGAAAGUCUUGUUCUUGCUGAGUGUCCUCUGAGAUCACUGGCACUCGCCGAAGAAAAUCGUAAUUAUGAUGAAAGAAAUUCAUCGUCUCAAGCAAUACCAGCAUUUUCUGAACAGACUAAAGAAGACGAGAACGAAAAUUUACCCGCAGGUUUUAUGAUGGAAGAAGAAACGGAGCCUAAAGAAAAUGGCGACAGAUUGAAAACACCCGAAAAAAUAUUCGGUCAAGAAAAUUGCACUUCGUACAACAGAAGUGAGAGUGAGUGUGAGAGUGGAAACAAAAUUCCAUCAUCACAUGAUCCAUUUAGGAUGUUGAGAUUCCUCAAUGUCAAUGGCACAUUACUGUCAACUUGGGAUGACGUUGAGCGACUCGCAAGAUUUCCCGCUCUGAAAUCUCUUAGAAUGCAAGGCUGCCCGCUUUUUGAGAGUCCUCGAGAGUACACAGAGCACGAGAGAAGACAACUGCUGAUAGCACGACUUCCAAAUGUAGAAACACUUAAUGGCGGCGGGGUUAUUUCUUCGCAGGAACGCGAGGACGCCGAGCGAGCAUUUAUUCGGUACUACAUGGACAAACCGGAAGCAGAUAGACCUGAAAGGUAUGCUGAGUUGGUCGGCAUUCAUGGGAAAUUGGAUCCGCUGGUUAAUGUUGACCUCACACCAGAAAAACGUGUAAAAGUCAAGUUUACCUACGGCGAUCUCGUUGAAGUUCGGUGUGUUGAUGUUUACAGAACUGUCUUUGAAUUAAAGACUAAAUUGGAGUCAAUGGUUAAAAUUCCUGCCAAUAGAAUGAGACUUUUUUAUGUUGAUCAGGUAAUGAAAUUACAAUACGGGCCAGAGGAAAUGCUGUAUCCUAAUAAGCAGCUGUACCGAUACAACAUAAGAAAUGGGGAUGAAAUAAUAAUAGACAGCAAGCUGAACCGCUUUGUGUCUUCAUCUUCGAGCACAUCGUCCAUACGUUCUUAGGAUAAAUAAAGUAAAGAAACUAAACAGCUGGAUAAAGUUAACAAAUAUAAUGUUCUGUCGUAAUGAACAUUAUCUAUCGUCAGCCGGUGUGAUGACGGUCGUACUUGCUGUGAAAAGCAUAGCCGUUGUUUCCUCUUAUGAACUUUAAGGAGCACGGCAGUAAACUGAUGAUGAUGCUGAUGAUGAUAAGAAACGUCAAAGCCAAUAGUUUAGAAUUAUAGAAAUUCUCAAGUGUUACGUUGGCUUUUGUAUUUGUUACUUCGAUAUUAUUGAAAAUCGCAUCAACUCUAUAUAAAUAGAUAUACAUAUAUAUAUAAAUAUAUAAUAUAACUGAUACAAAGUUUAAGUUUCUCAAAAUGUACGAGACAAAAGAUUUUGUCACACUUGUCCUCGAGUUUUAUAAUAAUUUAAAUAUGAGUGUUCUCGGCUGUCAAUAGUCUAUUAUAUUGAUAUUGAUUUAUUAAAAUAUAUAAAACUAUUUUUGUAUUAUAAUUAUAGAAGCCAUUCUACUAGACGCUAUCGAACUAAUUAUAGUCGAGAAUUGUCUGUCAGUUUAUAAACUCGAGGAUUUUUUUGAAAAAAUUUUUUUCUGU